AUGACCCAGGCAGAAGGUUCUCAGGCUAUGCGACUGAAAGCAGGAAACCAGGGCAGGGAAGUGGGGUUGGGAAUCCAGCUGUCCCAGAGACCAUGCUCAACACAGAACAAGAAAGAACCUGUUACCAUUUUCAGCCACCAGAGCGAAUCGACCACCCCUCCUCUGGCCCCCACGCAGGCCCUCCCUGAGUUCCCCAGUAUGUUCAGCUCCCAGACCACAGCGCCAGAGGUGAACAAUAUCUUCAUCAAACAAGAACAUCCUAUACCAGGUCUCCAUCUCUCAGUCCCUUCCCCGCAGGGCCACCUGUACCAGCUGUGGAAUACACCUGAUCUAGACGUGCCCAUUUCAACAAACCAGACAGCAGUCAUGAACACCCUUAAUGUCUCUAUGGCCGGCCUUAACUCACACCCCUCUGCUGUGCCGCAGACGUCACUGAAACAGAUCCAGGGCAUGCCUCCUUGCACCUACACCAUGCCAUGUCAGUUUCUUCCACAGCAGGCCUCCUACUUUCCCCCAUCACUACCGAGCUCACAGCCUGGAAGUCCUGAUAGACAAGCUGAGAUGCUUCAGAAUUUAACCCCACCUCCGUCCUACGCCACUACAAUUGCUUCGAAACUGGCAACUCACAAUCCAAAUUUACCUGCCACUCUGCCAGUUAAAUCGCCAAAUAUCCAACCUGUCAGAUACAACAGGAGGAGGAACCCGGUUCUGGAGAAGCGACGCAUCCAUUUCUGUGAUUAUGACGGUUGCACAACAGUUUUUAGGUGA